CACUAUUGGUGCUGUAAAUAAAACAAAUGGUGUUGUAAAUAACACUGAUGGUGUUGUAAAUAACACUAAUGGUGUUGUAAAUAACACUGAUGGUGUUGGAAGUAACACUAAUGGUGCUGUAAAUAACACUAAUGGUGUUGUAAAUAACACUGAUGGUGUUGUAAAUAAAACUAAUGGUGUUGUAAAUAACACUGAUGGUGUUGUAAAUAACACUAAUGAUGUUGUAAAUAACACUAAUGGUGUUGUAAAUAACUCUGAUGGUAUUGUAAAUAACACUAAUGGUGUUGUAAAUAACACUGAUGGUGUUGUAAAUAACACUAAUGAUGUUGUAAAUAACACUGAUGGUGUUGUAAAUAACACUGAUGGUGUUGUAAAUAACACUAAUGGUGUUGUAAAUAACACUAAUGGUGUUGUAAAUAACACUGAUGGUGUUGUAAAUAACACUGAUGGUGUUGUCAGUUAUGCCAAGAACACUGCAAGUCCAUCCGAAAUAUCAUCAUACUUUUGUGUGCUGUGUGAGGAGUCUUUGAUGGGACUUAGUGCUGCAAGGAGUCAUCUGCUGAACCAUCUCAAUACAAAAAACUACAACUGCUUGGACUGUGACUUGGUCUACACGUCAAAUUGUUAUCGUGCGAAGCAUUCGUUGAUUCGGCUUCAGAAAGUCGGUGAAACAUCUCAAGGUAAAAUGUACAAAUAUUACAGCGCGCCUCAACUAUUGAGGAAUGAAAACUUAAACAGGGUUCAGACUGGUUACGGUAAUAAUAACAAUAAUGUGAUACCAAAUAGAAACAGCAAACCAGACGAAGUGGUAGAAGCUCCGUUAUAUGCAGGAGUGGUGACUGAAAAUGGAACAGUUUCAUUGGUUCCUACCCAAAUUGUCGUGAGGACAAAGAAUCCAACUUACCCAAUAGUGUGUCUCGAAUGCCAUCAAACAUUUCCAGAUAAAAAAAAUCUUCAAUCACAUAGUAGUUUGGUACAUGGCAAAAGAAGUGCACAUAUAUGCCCACAUUGUAACAUGAUAUUCCAAAGAGAGAGAAGAUUAAAGGCGCACAUGAAGACGUACAAAGCGCAAGGAUGUGAAUUACAUAUAUGUACAUUUUGUAAUAAGAUCUUUAAAAAAGCGUCCAGGCUGAAAUUCCAUAUGUCUUCUCACACUGGGCGUGGCUUAUUUGAGUGCCGGCAAUGUGGAAAGUUAUGGAAAACCCAGUCCAUACUCACACGCCACCUUGAAACACAUAUAAAGGAGAAAAGGUUCCUUUGCUCAGUUUGCAAUAAGCAUUUCGCUUCAGCGUAUAGUUUAAAGAUUCAUAUGAACAUUCACACAGGUGAACGAACAUUCCCUUGUCCUUUAUGCAGCAAAGUUUAUUCGGAAAAACGUUUUUUGAGGGUACAUAUGUGUAUUCAUACAGGAGAAGGCAGUUUUAUAUGCCAAAUUUGCUCCAAAAAAUUUUACUCGUCAAGUCAGCUGAAGUUACAUAUGUGUAAACACACUGGUGAGCGACCGCAGUUUUUUUAA